AUGGAGAAAGUCCCAGAUCUGCACAGGACGGAGGAGCUAUCGGCCAUCGCGGUGGACUACUGCCCCGAGGUAUGCCAGCAUUUUCCAGAGCAGCGAGAGAUCUCGGUGACUUUCGAUGAGCGCGGUGGUGCUCGCUGGAGGAGCACCCGCAGGUUUAGCAGCGGAACUUUCAGCGCCAAGAUCAAGACGCCGUCGGGGAACACGAGCGGCCUCAACUCGAGCUUCUACCUCUCGACGCUCGAGGGGCCGAGAGACCAGGACGAGAUCGACUUCGAGUUCCUGGGGAAGGACAAGGGGACCGUCCAGACCAACUUCUACACGCACGGCACGGGCGGCCGGGAGGUGAUCCACGAUCUCGGCUUCGACAGCUCGCAAGAGUUCCACGAGUAUACGAUCAAGUGGGAGCCGGACAGGAUCGAGUGGCUCGUGGACGGGAAGUCCAUCCGGGUAGCCGAGAAGAAAACGAAGGAAGGCCCGGAAGAACACGAAGGGAAAGUUGGAGAAGGAGAAGGAGUCAAAGAAGGCAAGGGUGCAGGAGAAGAAGCUCUUGAAGAAGAAGAAGACGAAGGAUUUCCUACGGGGCCUUGCUUUCUCUACGCAUCCGUGUGGAACGCCGGAGAAGUCAACGAGGGUCUUUGGGCUGGUCCUUACAUCGGCUGUGACGUGCCUUACGUGUGUGUUUACAAGGACGUCUUUGUUCCAUGCCACUGA